UUCCAAGUUUUCUUAAUAUAGGAAGGGUCUAUAUUUUUUCUUGAGUUUACCAAAAAAAGAAAAAUAAAAUGAUUCGAUUCUUUUCUAGUGACUCUUGCCUUAAAUAUAUCUAUAUUAUGCAAGGCUUUUGGUUUGGAUAUAUAUACUCCAUUAUCAAGUAAAAUAUAGGCUAAUAAAACCUAAGAGGAAGCUAGGUCAUAUAGGUGGUGUCAAUAUCAAUCAUCCCUCCCCUUUUUCUCUCUCUCCCACUCACUCUUCUUCUGUUUUUAGCUAGGGUUUCUGUGAUUGGGCCUCCAGUGACUUCCUUGAUUGUUGAGUCUACUUUCAGGGCUGAGAUUACCAAAAGAUUCCAUUGAUUGCUUCCAGAUUAAAUUUUGUCAGUUCAGAUCUUCACAAAAGGAUGGUGAGGGGAAAAACUCAGAUGAAGCGCAUUGAAAAUGAGACAAGCAGGCAAGUAACUUUUUCCAAGAGAAGAAAUGGGUUGCUUAAGAAGGCCUUUGAGCUUUCAGUGUUGUGUGAUGCUGAAGUCGCACUCAUCAUCUUCUCUCCCAGAGGGAAACUCUAUGAGUUCUCCAGUUCUGGUAUAAACAAAACAGUCGAACGCUAUCAGAGGAAAGUCAAGGACCUGGAUCGCAGCACCAAAGGAAAACAAGAAAAUACACAGCAUAUGAAGGAAGGUGAUAUCAGCAUAGCAACAAAGAUCAAGCAUCUAGAAAUUUCUAAAAGGAAGCUUUUGGGAGAUGAAUUGGAUACAUGCGCACUUGACGAGUUACAACAGCUAGAGAACCAGAUCGAACGCAGCUUAAACAAAAUUAGAGCCAGAAAGAGUGAAUUGUUCAAGGAGCGAAUUGCGAAGCUAAGAGAAGAGGAAAAGUGCCUACUUGAGGAAAAUAGACGCUUACGUGAGCAGUGUCGGAUCGAACAAGAGCGGUCUAUAAGUAAAGAAAAAGUCGAACAGGUCACAGAAAGAAGGGACGAAGAGGAGGUGGAGACGGAAUUGUUCAUAGGGCGACCUAAGAGAAGAGUGCCUUGAAAGUUGAAACCUGCAAGACAUAAUGUUUAUAUAUAUACAUAUAAGGCUGCAUAAUCAAUAUAUUGAAAAUAAUGUGUCCAUAUAAACGCCCGCAUCAUACAAUGUACAUGUCUGAUUAAGAUACGUAAUUAUUGUUGUGCCUCAACAAAUCACAACGGUGGUUGUGAACUGUGUAUUCAACUAAUGUCUCAAAGUCAUAUUCCAAAGCUGUUUUU